AUGCUGUUGGGUUUUUGGGAAGAUUACAGGCGUAUAGUAAUCAACGCUCGUCACGAACUCAUUCUUAUACGCGCGCACAGUGAUAGUAAUUGCAUCGUUGAAGAUUCCACGCUGGAACCGGUGGUCGAAUUAUUAAAGAUACAGUGGCGAAUGCCUCACGUCGUACUGAAUGAUACUAAUAAACUAUCGUGGUUGCGAAUUUUGGAAAGCGGGCAAUACCUAAGCAUGAGUUUUUGUUCGUGGGACCUGUACGAGUACCCUUUGUUGCAAAGUACGACAAAACAUUCGUGGGCCGUUAAAACUGCGACUCAGCUGGAGAAACCGAGAUACGUCAUUUUUGCACUGCAGACUGGUCAAAAGAAUAUCAUGUCUGAAGAUGCGAGCAAUUUCGAUGCAUGUAAAUUGACCAACGUGAAACAUUAUCUAAACUCUGACUUUUAUCCAUACGAUGACUUGAAUCUUGAUUUUGAUAGAGACACAUAUGGUAUUCUUUUUGAUAUGUAUGUACGUUUUCGUAAAGCUUAUUACGGAUACGACUGUUGCGAAACGCUUUGCAACACGGACAACUUUUUGUUGCAUGGGCCGUUUGAAGUCAUCGAUUGUUCGCGACAGAACGAAUCAAUCAAGAGCGCCACCGUAGAUGUGCGAAUAGAAUUUGAUUGCAAAGAAAACGUGCCAGCAAAUACUACCGCGUACUGUCUUAUUUUGUAUGAUCGCGUCAUCGAAUACUGUCCAUUGUCCAACGUUGUGCGCAAAAUCACAUAA